GAGCCGCCCCGUGGCAUUGCAGAUUGACCCCGAUCAAGUCUCCUCAUGCCCAUGCCCAUGCUCGCGGCCGACGUCCUGGACAGUCGCCUCGAUACGGACGAGCGGGUCCGUCGGCUCGAAGAUCUGUGCAAACAGAUCCAGGCCCUCACCGGCGGAUCGGCCGAGCUGCCACUCUGCAUCCAAGCUGCAUCCGAUAUCCUGCGACGGACGCUGAACCCUCUCUCCGACACACACUCCAAGCUUGUGCUUGCAUCGUUUGAUCUGCUCGAUGCGCUGGCUCAGCUGCAAAGGACCUGCAACAAGCCGAUUGGGUUUGAGCUGACAUCAAUCGAUCUGAUUUCACUCUACGAUCAUCAAAGCUGGAAGGUCCGAGAGAGAAUCGUCGUCUUUCUUCAGCAGCAGAUCGAGGCACUGUCGCCAACACAGGACGAGUUGCUCAAUCCCUACAAGCUCGUUGUGCUCAUGGCCGUGGCCGACGACGUCCCCCAGAUCAGCCGAGCCGCUCAGACCACUGCUGCCAAGCUGCAUUCACUGGGGACGGACUGGAUUUUGUUCUACCAGAAGAUCACCACUCUGGUUCGAGCACAUCUGUCGAACGACACAGCUGCGGAAAAUGCAUCGCCCCAGCCAGAGCAACUUGUGGCCAAGAGUCUCAGGGCAUUGCUUGGGUAUCUGUCGAUAUCGCCGCUGUCGGCCCAGAUCCUGUGCGAGGUUCUUGACCUCCUCACGCCGAUAUACGCCGAGGACCAGCGAAGUGAUAUGGACCAGGCCUGCAUGACCGAUUGCAAGCGAACGGCAGCCUCGAUCAUCAAGCAUCUGGCCCGCCGCAUGGCCGCGCAUCCAGACAACGAUGUCUCCGAGUCAAUCGCUGCCCAAGCGUUCGCCGGUCUGCUGGGCCACACGUUCGCCGACUGUCGAAUCGCAUCGCUUGCGCUCUGCCAGAUAUUCCUGGAUGAGUACUAUGCGCCAUCAACCGACCAAGUAUCAUUCACAGGCGAGGUGCUGACCGGCAGCGAUUCCGACUUGGGCUCAAGUGGGGCGACAGCACAGCCAGUCGAGCUGGUGACCUGCUGGACAAGUCUGCUGGUAGUUCCCGUCGAGUUUGGAGGGGAUGUCGAAGAAGCCCCAGACGAUCGGACUCUGCGAUGUCGAGCCGCAUUCAAGGAGCACGCAAGCGAUAUUCUCAAAAUGCUUGCGAUGUGGAUCUCUCGGGCCUCGGCUGUCAGCGCCCGCAAGCACGAGUUCGAGGUGCUGACAGUCAUCUCGAGCUUCCUGGGCGACCGUUCUGGGAGAUGGACAUCGGAUCUUUCUCGCACCACGGUCGAAGCGAUUUUGAAAGCGCUUUCGGGGGACUCGGCUGACGAGAUCGUCAAACGCAACUUUGGCAAGACGCUGCGACUGCUGCAGCCACACUUUGCGAAAUCAUCGCGUAUCCAGCCAGCCAACCUCGAGGCGCAACUUGCCAGACGACAGCCUGUCGAGAUCCAGAAGAGUCUUUUGGCGAAUACCAGUGUCGAGGAUGGGUACUAUACUCUUCAGGACUGGAAGAUGAAGAGAGUUGACGCAGUCGAGAUCUUGGCGUGGCAAGCUCAGUUCUUGGAGCAAACCGAGUGCGACGAGCACCUCCAUGAGCUUGUGCCUAUUACGCUAACGCUGAUGGAUGACCACCAAGUGCGCUACAAGCUCGAAGGCACUCGCAUUCUGAGGCGCGUCCUGCAACAUGUGUCUCCAGAGCGAUUCCGACGCAUGGGCAUCGGCUCAGUAUUCUCAGAGACCCUUCAUCUCGGCUGGAACUACUUUAACGAACACGAUCUCAUGAAUGAGUCGCUGUGGACAAGCUACGAGCUAUCAAGCGUGAUGUUUGAUGCUGGAUCGAUGGAGCAGUAUGAGAGUCUGGAACGCUUGCUGAAAGACGGGAUCAUGACAGGGCUAUCCAUGUCGGCUGGAGGGAAGGUUGCCGACAUUCAGAUGUACCUGCGGAUCCUGCAAAAGGUUCUUUGGACACUGGGAGUUACCGGCAUUCGGUUCAUGAAGCCAACUCUGGGAUAUUGCUGUGAUCUGCUCAAGACCCAUCGCUUCGACUUGCAAACACAGCUGGUGGCGAGCGAAACGAUCGUCAUCGUGAUCCGGCUGUACUGGAUGAGGGUCAAGGACUAUCGCGGCAUGAUCUAUGCCAGCGUCGCCGAGAACUGGAGACAGCUGGAGGUGGACCAGCACAACUCGCUCCUCCGAGCAGCACCUGAAGUGCGUGAAGCACUGCAGGCGAAACUGAGGCGUAUUCUUGCCCUUCUCAAGGACUGUCUUGGCGACGUCACAAAGCCCGAUUUCCUCGCACUCCUGGCGCUGGAUCAGAAGAUGUUUGGCCAGCUUUUAUAUGGCCUGUAGGGAUUGGUCUCUGUCGCAAACAAGACUGGACCAGAAGAUACAGAUCAGGGUGCGACUUGUUUUGAUCAAAUAAAGAGACCUCGGGGAUUGCUCCAGUGUGUCUACUGGCCACGUCGCCCGUCAAAGUACGCCUUGGCAAGGGUCUCGGCGACGAUCAUUGGAAAGACAAUCGAGGCAUCAGCAUAGACCUUGACGGG